AUGGAUACUCCAUCUUUCUUUCUUCUUCUCAUCUUUCUUUUACAAGUUCUUUGUCCAUAUUGUUCAUCUAGAACAUCUGAUUACCUCAUCAAAGGCUCGUUUCUUUCUGUAGAGAAGCCAAGUGAUGUCUUGGUUUCAGCAAACGAUGAUUUUUCCGCAGGGUUUUUCUGUGUUGGGGAAAACGCUUUCGUCUUCGCCGUAUGGUUCACAAAAUCCUCGUCUCCUACCACAGUUUGGAUGGCAAACCGAGACCAACCAGUAAAUGGAAAGGCUUCAAGGCUUUCCCUUUUGGAAAGUGGAAAUCUCGUACUUUCUGAUGCAGGUCGAGCCACCGUUUGGACCUCCGCAACAGCUACACCCUCCUCGGUGCAACUAGAACUACUCGACACUGGUAAUCUCGUUCUCCGUACAUCGAACAUUGCUGUUUGCCUCUGGCAAAGCUUCGAUUCACCUACGGAUACCCUUCUUCCUCAACAAUUUCUGACAGAAAAUGCCGGUCUCAUCUCAUCCAAAAGUCGAAGCAAUCACUCUUCUGGAUACUACAAGCUUUACUUCGACAAUGAUAACAUCCUUCGCCUUCUGUAUAAAAGUCCAAACUUAUCGAGCGUGUACUGGCCGGAACCAUGGCUCCUACCUUGGGAUGUCGGAAGGACAUCAUACAACAUCAGCAAAAUGGCAGUACUGAAUUCGACAGGCCACUUUAAGUCAUCUGACAAUUUGAGAUUUCAAGCUGCAGAUUGUGAAGAGGGGCCUAAAAGACGGCUAACCCUUGAUCCUGAUGGUAACAUUCGACUGUACAGCCUAGAAGAGAGCGAGAAGACUUGGGUUGUUACUUGGCAAGCCAUCUCGGACCCAUGCAGGAUUCAUGGCAUCUGCGGAGCUAAUAGUCUCUGUAAUUAUGAUCAUAUUUUGGGCCGGACAUGUUCUUGCUUGCAAGGAUAUAAGAUCAAAAACCCAAAUGAUUGGUCUGGUGGAUGCGAACCAGAAGUCAAGAUCUCUUGCAAUUCUAGUGGUCAGUUUCACUUUUCCAAACUUGCCAAUGUUGAAUUUUUUGGCUAUGAUAAAAAGUACUUUGGAAAUUCUACGUUACAGGAUUGUGAAGAGCAAUGCCUGAAAAUGUGCGACAAUUGCAAAGGUUUCCGGUUCAAGUUUUCCAACAAGACAAGUGCCUAUGCUUGCUACUGUAAGUCAUUCCUGCUUAAUGGACACCACAAGCCAAGUUUCGACGGAGAUAUGUACUUGAAACCGCCGAAACCAUAUAGUUUCACUAAUAAGAAAUCCGGUAGAGAAUCAUUAAUAUUAGAUUGUCGAGGGGAGCUGCAUGUGGCGCUAAAUAGAACAUAUCAGAAGCCCCAUGAGAAGAAAUCAUUGAAGUUUUUCCUUUGGCUUGCCAUUGCUGUGGGAGGUGUAGAGUUGACCUGUGGCUUCCUGUCAUGGUGCUUCUUGUUUUGGGCGAGAAAAGACCCGGACAUAGCUGCGCAAGGAUACAGUACCUACGCUGGAUCUCGGAAAUUCACCUACGCUGAGCUCAAUAAAGCAACACGAGGAUUCAGGGAAGAGAUUGGAAAAGGAGCCGGAGGGGUCGUGUACAAAGGCAUAUUGUCUGAUCAUCGAGUUGCGGCAAUCAAGCGACUCAAUAAAGCUGGCCAAGGAGAAGCUGAGUUCCUGGUAGAAGUAAGCUUCAUUGGGAGGUUGAACCACAUGAACUUGAUAGAGAUGUGGGGAUAUUGCGCAGAGGGAAGACACAGACUCUUGGUUUAUGAAUACAUGGAACGCGGAUCCUUAGCAGAUAAUCUCUGUUCUGCUGCAGCCGCACUGAAUUGGGAAAAGAGGUUCGAAAUUGCCUUGGGGACUGCCAAAGGAUUGGCAUACUUGCACGAGGAGUGCUUGGAAUGGAUCAUGCACUGCGAUAUAAAGCCGCAAAACAUUCUCUUGGAUUCUAACUACAGGGCAAAGGUGGCAGAUUUUGGCCUUUCCAAGCUCUUAAGUAGAGGAAAUCUGAACAAUAUCACCUUCUCAAGAAUCAGAGGGACAAGAGGUUAUAUGGCACCUGAAUGGGUUCACAAACUUGGUAUACCCUCAAAAGUAGACGUCUAUAGCUAUGGAAUCGUCGUGCUAGAAAUGGUAACAGGAAGGGGACAGACAAACAUCCUCGGAGCUAACAUCAAUGGAGGAAUGAUAGAGUACGAGGGGGUGGCCGCGUGGGUGAGGGACAAAGUCAGUAAGGCCAGCUUGGAGAGGAAGAGCGACAACUCAUGGAUUGAAGAAAUUGUUGACCCCAUGAUGAUGGCCGGAAAAUACGACCUGGCUAGGAUUGAAGUUCUUGUUAGAGUAGCUUUGCAAUGCGUAGAGGAAGAUAAGGAAGAAAGACCCACCAUGAGUCAGGUAGUAGAGAUCCUUUGCGCUGUAUAA